AUGUAUUCCAUAUUUGCAAAUCUUCCGGCUCAUUUGUUUCACGACAUCAUUAAUUAUCUUGCUAAUGACAAAGUUUUGUUGUUUAGCUUAUCUUCUUCCUCUUUAAUCGCCGAAUUUUGUUUUUCUUUAUUAUUCAAAAAAUUGCUAGUUAUUGAGGUGAUUUCUGAUAGAAGCAUUAAAACUGCUUUACAUGAUAUCAAAAAUCACAAGAUAUGUGGAGAAGAGUACUUGAGAAUUACUGUGAAAGAUUUAAAACAAAAUAUUUCUGUUUUUAAAAAGUAUUUGUGCUUUACAAACCAUCUAUGUUAUUAUCUAUACUGUUGGAUCAUCACUUCAGAAUUUCAAUUUAUAAAGCUUCUAAAAACUGAAAAUAUAAAACUAAAAGAGUUGCAGCAUUUUGAUUUUCAGUUAUUUUCUGCAUACAAUUCAACAUACUAUGAACUAUUUCUAGAUGUUUUCAUUUUACACUACUGUGAUUACAAUAAUUUGAAAAGACUCAGUUUAGAAGGAAUCAGAAAUUUUAAUAAUCUCACUUUUUUCAAUCAUAUCAAUUUUUCUUUGGCUGAUGUAACUUUUAAAAAUUCCAUAUUCACCAAAUUUCCCUCUUAUUGUUUCAAAGGUUUACCUAAUCUAAGAAAUUUAAACUUGACCAGCAUUUUGUUAUUCCAUGGUAUCACUAAUCAAAAUGCAAAUCAAUUUUGGGCUUCUGCUACCAACCUAAGAUAUUUAACUUUUAAUUUUUCUCUUUCAUCUGAUCUUCCAUUCAUAAACCAUUUAAAUUUACGAUAUUUAAAAAUCAAAAAUAUUCAAACAAGAGAUUUCAAGAAAUUUGAUGAGCUCAAAAAUUUAAAGCGUUUAACGAUAGAAGGCAGAAAAAUAAAUAAAUUGGAACCAAUUCUUAAACCAAAUUUCUUUGAAAAUAUAAAAAAUUUAGAGGUUUUGCAACUUAAAGUGAUGUGUUUCAAAGAAAUCCCAGUGGGAAUCAACCUGCUUUUUUAUCUUGAGAAUUUGGAUUUGUCAUGCAACCAAAUUUCCAAAAUUGAAAACCUUGAAGAAUUAAUAAACUUGAAAGAAUUAAUUUUAUUUAGAAAUGAUAUUGAAAAAGUUGAAAAUUUAGAAAACCUAAAAAACUUGGAAACCCUCGAUUUAUCUUUGAAUGAAAUAUCAAUUUCAGGCUUAUCUAAUGCUUUAUCAAGUUUACAUAAAUUUAAACUAGCUUCUAAUUUGAUCGGUAAGGCUAUGGAUAAAUUCAUUUUUGAAAAAUUGCCUAACAUUGAAAUAAUCGAGCUUCCUUUCAACAAAGUAUUUGACUCGCUAUGUCUAUAUCAUUUAAACAAUCUAAGGGUUUUUGAUUUGCAAUUUUGUGAAAAAAUACUAAUUUUCAGUCAAAAAAGUUUUGAUAAUAUGCAAAAUUUGCUGAUAAUAAAUCUAUCGUACUGUAGAAUUGAAAACUUAUCAUUCAUCAAUUUUUUUCCAAAAUGUUUAAAGGAUUUGAAUUUAUCUCACAAUCUAAUUAAAUCCCUUGCCGACACAACUGACAUAUUGAAUAAAGAGAGUCCAAAUACUGGAUAUCAAAACAAAGAUAGCGGUUUUAAUGGUUGUGAAUAUUGCUAUGUUCGAAAUCUAGAUCUAUCAUUCAAUUUGAUCAACAACUUUAAAAGCUUCAACUCAAUGAAGUUUCCAAAUUUAAAAAAAUUGAACUUGUCUGAUAACAAUAUCCAAGAUCUUGAUUGUAAUAACAUACACUUUUUUCAGCGGUUGGAAGAGCUAGAUCUUUCAUACAACUCUAUUGUUGAGCACAGCUCAAAUGUCGAGAACAUAAUCAAAAUACUCAGAUUAUCAUUAUAUCGUACUGGUAUUUUUGCAAUAAGAAAUGCCCAAUAG